UUCUGGAAUAAAGAAUAUGAAGAAAGCUCAGCUGUUUCGCUAUCAAUAACUUCAGCAAAAUAAAAAUUAAGUUUAAAUUUUUAUUGGUCAUUGGAAAAUGACUUUGUUUAACAAAAUAUGUCGCAUGUGUGCCGAAUCGGGUCGCUUUCUGUUUCCGCUUUUCGGACCAAAUCACAAGUUUGUGGAAAUCCUGGCGCGCGUUGCAGAAAUACAGAUUGACGAGAAUGACGGACUGCCUCAGUCUGUCUGUAGUAACUGCUUCAGUGAUCUUGGAACGAUGGAAAAAAUGAUUAAAAAAUGUAGGCAAUCUCAUGAUUGCUUUCGGAAUCAACUGAUACAAACUGCUGCAAGCAUUUCGAUUGUGGAACAAUCUGCUAACAUCGACGGAGCUGUGGAGAUGAUCGAAUGUUUAGAGGAAACUGAACUGGUUGACAUAAUUGAGGAAGAUUCAACAAAUGCGGAAGUUCUGGAAACAGAUGACAUCAUUGAAGUCGACACUUUUGAACAAGGCGAUGCUUUGUCAGAACCUAUCGAAGAGCCGAUUAACGAUGAAGAAAGUUCCGUCUCAUGCGUCGACGAUCUGAUCAUUGUAGAUCCAAUGGCUCAAGUGGCCGAGAGUCAGGAAGCCAACUAUACGCAAUGUUGCGGUUGUGUGGAAAAUUUCGCUUCCCAUGAGGAGCUUCAGAAGCACUCGCAGUUGUACCACAAAUCUCAUAGGGGCAUCUGUGGGCCAGCACCGGAAAAUCUGAUUGAAUGCAGUAUAUGUUAUAAAAUGUUCUCCGGCAUCGUCUAUCUAGAUUCGAUGCACAGAUUGAACGCUUUCAAGAACCGUUUAAACUCUGUUGGCUUCCCCAGGAUGAUGCAGUGUUGUUCCUGUGAAACUUUGUGUACGACUAAAAAUGAAUUACUUCAGCAUUCUGCUAUACACAUCGGUAAUAAGACAAAGAACGACCCUGCCAAGCCAUAUGAAUGCAAAAUUUGUUUCAAAAGAUACAACAAAAAGCACACGUUGAACUUUCACCAGAAGUUCGGUUUCAGCUACAAAAAGCAGUUGACAACAAAAAGUCGUGGUUGUCGAGCUAUAAGGAAGCGCUCCGAAAUCGAAUGCUCUGGAGAAGGUCGAAAGUGCUGUGGCUGUUCUGCAGAAUUUACAUCUGCAGAUUCUCUAAAACAACACUCUCAAAUGCACCACGAAUUAUAUCGACGUCAGACAGACGGUGAUAAUCCUUUUGAAUGUGAAAUAUGUUUCAAACAAUUCCCAACGCAAAUAAGAUUGGAACAGCAUCGACUGGUUCCCUAUAUGCUCGGGCAUAAAUGUACCACAUGUGAUAAAUCUUUCCGUUCGUUAUCUGUGCUUGUAAAGCACAUGGAUAAACACUUACAGCUUGAAGGUGAAUCUUCAACGCACGGGAUGUCGCCUCCAACGACGGACGAACCUGUCCAGUGUGAGGAAUGCGGUAAAAUUCUUCAAAAUGAGUACAAACUUCGUGCGCACUUGAAAUCGAGUCAUUCACAGGAGAAACCGUUCAAUUGCAGUUUGUGCUCGCGGCAGUUCAAGUGGAAGCAUAUGCUGCAAAACCAUCUACGAGUGCACACAAAGGAGCAACCCUAUUCUUGUAGUUAUUGCCCAAGAACGUUCACCCAGCUGGCUGACAAAAAUCGCCACGAGCUUAGCCACAGCAAAGCAUAUCCUUUGCGGUGUUCCGUUUGUGGUAAGGGAUUCCCUGCUGGAAGGAAAAAGCUGUUGGAAAACCAUGAAAAGGUUCACCAAGCUGGAGAGGAAUAUCCAUACACGUGUCAGUUUUGCGAUCGUACCUUCACAAGGUUGCCGCAACGGAACAGACACCAGGCAAGGCAUGUCGCGGAGAGAAAUAGAAACAUGGUUAUGGAGGAAAUUGCAACUCUAUAGAACCUUCGACUGCUUUUUAACGUGAUCAAAAACAAUUCAUGCUAUAACAUCAUGUUCAAUCAAAAUAAUACAACUCCUUAUUAAUCAUCAACAACUAUUUAUUUAAAAAAAAAAACUAAAUCAGCCAAUUUUAAUGAAAAAUCAUACCACAGACUAACAGACAUAACACUGGCAAUUUGUUCAUCAAACACGUAUUUAACUGUAAAUUUGAAUGUUUUUAGUUGGUAGUACCGCCACCUGUGGAGCACAUAAUCAAUAAACCUUGCGUUUGACGUUUACACACUACCACCAUCUGUUAAGAGUAUUACCCAUCACAAUAUACUCAACAGAUGACGAUAGUGUUUUGACGACGAUGUUGAAAAAUAUUAAAUGUUUUAUGUCUGUUUGUCUGUGAUCAUACUAUUAUUUAUUUCUUAUGGAUUUGUUCAUGCCUUUAUUAAAAAUAUUUCACAGUCUCCGACUCGAAUUUCACAGAAGUGAUAAAGUGUCACUAAUAAAUUAUACCUUCCACAAAUCACCUGAUCUGGCUAACUUUCACCGUCACUUCUAAGGCAUGCUUGGCAUGCAUAGUUGUUAUGGGACUGAUAUGGGAUUAUAGGCAGGACAGUUCCACGAUUUCAUCACAGCCGGUGAGAGAAAAUUUAAAGCAGCAAGUCUAACGCAAAUUAUUUACUAAACACUUCAUUAAAAGGUCGAGCCAUCCUGCAAAAAUGUAAAGCACAGACUUUUUUUUGUCAAGUGCAGACAAUAGUACCGUCACUCAUAUCGUGGUUGAUGAUUUUAAGGAUCGAUUCGGAAAACUAAUCCCAUCUGAGCUGCGGGACAGAGCAUCCGAGCAUCUAGGGCUUCAAAUCUCGAUCUUGAAAAAUUAGGGAUUUAGGGUUAAAUUGUAGAGCUUUAGGACAAUUUUAUAUUGCUG